UUCCGCGGGCUCCCGCGGGCGCGGACCCCUGACCCCGGCAGCGCCCCCACCGAGCCCCUGGAGCAGCCGACCCGGUGACAAGUCGACAGCCGGCUGGAGCAGCCCCUCCGUGGAUGUUGGACAGCGACGCCCAGAACUCCCCGCAGGGGAGAUUUCCAACGCCGCCCUUCGACCCCCGCUUCCCCAACCAGAACCAGACCCGCAAUUGCUACCAGAACUUCCUGGACUACCACCGCUGCGUGAAGAACAUGCGCCGGCGCGGGAAGAGCGCGCAGCCCUGCGAGUACUACUUCCGCGUGUUCCGCUCGCUGUGCCCCCGGAGCUGGGUGCAGCGAUGGACCGAGCAGAUCGAGGAAGGGACCUUCGCGGGCAAAAUCUGACUCGCGCGCGUCCUCGAAGGCCCAGGGCCCGCCCCGGUGGGGAACCUCGAAUACAGCCUGUCUGAGCGGCUUCCCCGCGUGCUGCCUGGCGCGCGAGGCCUCCGC